AUGCCCAUGGCGACUACCGGGCUAGCAGUAUCACUGCUGGUGGUUUUCCUGUGCGGCUGCGCGUGCGUUAGCACCGCCGCUGCGGCCCAUGUGAACGAUGAUCUGCCGCCUGGCGUGAUGCGCGGGCCGCUGCUACACGAGCACAGCUUUCAAGAGCCGCUCGUGAGCGACUGGUGGGAGGAAGGUGUCCCGCACUACAUGAUUGGCGGGUCGGCGGUCGCCAACGAGCGCUUCCUUCGCCUCACCACGAACGAUCUGGAUGACCACGGGUUUGCUUUCAACACUGCACCACUUGAUCACGACAAUUGGGAGGCUCGCGUGCGCUUCUCCAUCCGGCCGCCACCGCUGGCGGCUGACAUGAACGGUAGCUCCGUCCACUACCAGGGCGGCGACGGCAUGGCUCUAUGGUAUCUGGACCAACCGAUUGGCGACGAUCAUCAGCACGUCGUCAAGUACUCCAAGUCCAUCUCGCCGGAGCUGCGGGACGAGAUGCUGGACGCGGAGAAUCCGUGGCGUGUGGCCGACUUCCUGCUCAACGGCGACGACGACGACGACGACGACGAAGACGUGGAUGAGGAUGAUCUGACGGAGCAGGAGAAGCAGGAGCGACAAGAAGCGAAGGAUCGCCGCGCUGCGAAGAAGAGGAAGCGUGAGUCGCUGUUCAAGCAACUGUUCAAGCGUGGCACCUCUGUCGACGAGUCGGAUAGGGAGCCACGUAUCAUGGGCGUGAAGUUCUCGGACUUCAACAAAGGCUUUGGCCUCAUUCUCGAUUCCGUGGGAGAUGAAAAGGAGCACCUACGUGAGCACCAGCAGCAAGGCGACGCCGUGCAACACCACCACCACACCGCCAGUAUCUACCUACUGCUGAACUUGCCGAACCACACAUCCAGCUCAGGGGCGACGGUGGUGAACAACUUUGACCCCACGCGUGAAAACUUCCGCAGUUCCCCGGAUGUGCUGCGGUGCACGUACGACUUUCGCCAGAAGGGCACGAAGCCGUAUGACCCCCAGGCACGUAUGAUGGACAAGGUCACCAAGGCCGUCACCGCCGCCGAGGAGCCGCUAGAGCUGAUCGUGCGCUACUACAAACGGAAACUAACCGUUAUCAUCCGCCGCGAGGACGUUGCAAAACGCGAGGUGUCGUCGGUGGUGGAUGAGACGGGUAAGGCGACGGACGAGGUGGAGGUAGUGCGCACGUACACGGAGACCAUGUGCGGUGAGGUGUACCCGAUCCAUUUGCCGUUGCGCUACCACUUCGGCUUGUCCGCCAGCACCGGGCACCGGCCUGCCAAGAAUCGCAAGCGCCGCCCGCUGCGGAGCGUCUUCCACGAGGCGGACAAGAAAACCUUCACUCAUGUGGACGUCCAUGAUGUGCUGAGGUUCGACCUGCGUGAGCUGGGGCUGGACGCAAAGGCGAUGGGGUAUUCCAAGACGAUCCCGCUAGAGCACUUCGACUUUGAGGCGGACAGGCGCGAGCGGCUACACUUCUCUCGCCAGCUCCCGGUGAACCCGGACUCAGACACUGCAUAA